AGUUUUAAUGAUAAUAAUGAUAAUAAUAAGAGUGAUAAACAAGAAUCAGAUAAUGACAAUACAGAUACAGAUAUCAUAUUUGAUGACAUAAUCAAUGAUAACAAUAUCACACCAGAGAUACCGUCACCAAUAGAGAUAACCGACUUAUUCGAUGACAUAUCAGUGGAUAUGGAUAUCAUGGCUGAUAUAGAGUCACAGAUACAGGAAAUUGCAGAUCAAGUUGUGACCACAAACAAUGAGCUCAACGGCACUGUUGGACGUCAACCACUACUACUACUACCACCACAAGAGUUAUCAUCAUUGGCUGCGUCGGUGGCGGUCAUACCUACCGUUGAACGACCUAUACUACCCAACUAUCGAAACACAUUCAACGAACUGGAAGGUCUUAAGCUACAGGAGCUGAUACGGGCAGCCAACAUAUUUCGCGACGUUCCCCGUGUAUCGCAAACACAGACCAUUGUAUUCGGCUAUAGACCGCCCAAUCUAUUUGAACGACAUAUGAGACGACUGACCAAAAUGUGUCAACAGUUAACAGCAUUUUCCAGUAUAUGUCAAACAGAUGCCAUAGCACUGGUCAAGUAUGGAUGUGUGGAUCUGUUUUGUAUGCGAUCCGUACCUAACUAUAACUGUACAGAUGAUAACUGGACAUUUGCACUGGAUAAUCAAGAUUCCAUAAUAAUCAAUAUGAAGGCCAUAAAAAAUUUUCCGUCAAAUGUUUACCAUUUUUCACGUAAAUUUUAUCAUCAAAUAUGCCGCGAAUGGGACACGGAUUUAGUUAUACUAGAUUUGCUUACAGCAAUUAUAUUAUUUAAUCCGGACAGACCUAAUUUGCUACAUAAGCAUAUGAUAAAAUAUCAUCAGCACUUAUACCUGUAUUUACUUCAACGAUAUCUACUAUUGAAAUACCGGACCGAAAGUGCAGCUCAACUGAAGUUUCGCCGUUUGAUGAACUGUUUGGUCGACUUUAAAGUGUUGUCCGAUUACGGCGGCGAUCAAAGUGCUGGACAUCUCUGUCGCCGCCGAAGUAACUCAACUAUAGCUACAACAGUGACAACAGAAGCGGCGGCACCGGUACCAUCAGCUGAGGGAUGUGCUAUCAAUAUGGACAACGAUAAAAGCACCGAAAAUACUACCCAAACAAUACAGUUUCGUCCGUCACUAAGUUUAUAUACUAUUAUUUUAAGUCAAGUGUUUGAGUCCAUGACUAUUAACGAUAACUAA